AUGACCACAGGACGUAUGCAUGCAUACUAUCAGACGAAAAAAAAAAGAAACCCAUCAUAUGAUGCAUAUGCUCACGUUAUCCCACUUUUUUAUAGAGAUGAACUUUAUCGAAAGAUGGGUAAUGAAAGAAUUAGCAUUGAUGCUAACGUCUUUGACAAAGACCUGGAAUACGGAUACGAAACGUUGAAGUUCAAAGUCGUUCGUUUUGCAAUGGACAAAAUAAGAGAAAACACAAUCUAUUCUCUUCGAACUGAAUUUGUAACAAGAGGAGAGAACUGUAACUGUGCUGAUCGUUUCAAUUACAAGCUGCCUUGUCCCUGUGUAACUGAUGCAAAUUCGAAUGUUCUCUCUCUCGAAGUAGUCGAUAAGCGCUGGAGACUUGAAUUUGAUGUACUAUUUGAUGGAUUAGAAGAUAAGUAUAGCUUAGAUAAGACGGAUGAGGAGAAGGAAGAGAAAGAUAAUCCCAAAACAGAAGAAACGUCUGUCCAACAUGAUGAUGAAAAUGAUGUUGUUUCAGUCUUAUCAGUCAGUGAUGAGAAAAAAAUAAUGAUUACAGUUUCAUACUACUUCCGGAUAAUGAAAAGUUCGAACAAAAGCAAAAUAGGGAAGAAGAACCGGAAAUACGAUUACAACUUUUUGUUGGACGAUCACUUGUGUUAUCGAAGUGAUAGAAUACGACUAAUGUUGAAAGUUGCGCAGGUCCUUCACAAAAUGUAUUCUGCAAUUGCAGACUUCUCUACGCAGCAACAAAUAGCAGAUGCAUUGACUGUUUUAGAAGAAGCUACUGAUAAAAUUUUAAAUCCUGCUAUCAAAAUAGAUCAGUUGAAAUCUCCUACACCUAAUUCCAAUAGAAAAGGCAGACCCUUUGGAAAAGGAAUAAAAAGUGGAACCAAACGCCUGCAAAUAGCAAAAGAAUUUUUUGAAGAAAGUCAAAAAAAGGAUAUUAAAAAAGAAAGAAACAAAAAGAAGAAGAAAAUAUGGAAAAGAAAAGACGAAUCUUAG